AUGGCAAUAAGUAUUAUCCGCCAUCAUCUCACUGAGGGUCUAAAGGAUCGGUAUCUCACUAUUGAGAAUCCUAUAGAAAUUUGGACCGCUUUACAGCGGAGAUAUGAUCACCAGAAAACGGUGUUACUACCAAAGGCUACAUAUGAUUGGAAACAUCAGAGAAUCCAAGAUUUCAAAACCUUGGAUGAAUAUAACUCAACUCUAUUCAAAAUUGUCUCCAAGAUGAGACUUUGUGGUGAGACUGUAACAGAGAAGGAUUUGUUGGAAAAGACUUUCUCCACAUUCCAUUCUAGCAACGUGUUGCUGCAACAACAAUACAGAAAGAAAGGUUUCACCACCUAUACUGAUCUGAUCUCAUGCCUAUUAUUAGUUGAGGCUAAUAAUGAGUUGCUCAUGAGGAACAGUGAGAUGAGACCUCCUGGAUUAACUCCAUUACCUGAAGCCAAUAAGGCUGUAGAGGAAAAGAAAGAACCCACCAAAGAAAAGGAGGCCGUGGUGGAUGGAGAGGACGUGGUGGGCGUGGCAAUUAUAGCUCACACAGCCGUGGGAAAGGGAACCACUAUAACCGUGGUAGUGGUCCCAGCUAUGGCCGGUCCUAGCUAUGGUCGUGGUCGAGGCAGAAGCAGUGGUAUCUCUAAACCACCACACUCGUCCAAAUCAGUACGCCACAUGUGUGGAAUGGAUAACCAUUGGGCAAAGAAUUGUAGGACUCCCAGACAUCUUUGUGACCUCUAUCAAGAGAGCCAGAAAGGGAAGAAUCCAGAAGCCCAUUUGGUCCACCAUGAUGGGAAAAACGAUUUUGAUCAUGACCAGGAUGACCUUAUGGAUUAUGAAACUUCAGAUUGCCUAAGAGAAUGA